AUGGAGGCGGCCACGGACAUAAAGGACUCUCUUCAGAGGUGUGGAAUAAGGAGAGACGUUGAUGUUUGCCAACUCAGCCUUGCCACAAAAAAACUCACCAGUGUCCCAGACUUAUCAAGAUUUCGCUUUCUGAGGGAGUUGAGGCUGAAUAACAACAAGAUCAGAGAGCUCAGCUGCCGUUCCCUCAACUGCUGCUUGACUGAACUUUACCUCCACAAUAACAACAUCAAGUCUAUUUCUGGGACUCUGAAUCAUCUGACUUGCCUCCGACUUAUUUUUCUGCACAACAACCAGAUCAGAGGGCUGGAGGACACGAUGCACGAGCUCAGGAGGAUACAGCAGCUCCAAACUGCUACUUUUUUCCUCAAUCCCAUCUCCCAUGAACCUGGGUAUCGCCACCAUGUGAUACACUGCUUGCCUUCUAUCCAGGUGUUAGAUGGAAAAGAGGUGAAGUCAAAGGAGAGGAGGUGGUCCUUCCAAAUGCACAACCAGGAGCGUCAUCGUGUCCUCCAGACUGUGGCCUUCUGCAGACGGGCAACGUAGUCCACAAGCAGUGAGGAUGUUAUGCAAAUAGUCCCGUCAAAACACAUUAUAACACAUUUUAUUGUCCAGCUUACUCUGGGGUAAACCACAUAAAGAGAUAAAAUUUCUUAGUAUAGGUAAUAGUUUGGUAACAUUUGUAAAUAUUCAAUGGAUAAUUCUUUACAGACACAAUGACCAGAUGGGAAUGUCUGUUUUUCAAUACUCCAGUGGAUAAAAGGGGAACUCCACCAAUAUUACACCUCAGUCUGUUUACAGAUUGUACAAGUUGUGCAAAGCAUUUUGUUACUCCAGACGGAGCUGCAUGAAAUCUGACAAACAUCGGUUGGGGCUGAAGACGAUAAGUUUGAAAAUGGAAACAAUCUGGUGAUGUGGAGUUAGAAAGAAGUGAGCUUACCAGACCUCUGUGGCCAGCUCUUCACCUAACACACCUGAAUCUACGAUAGUUUUCUGAUUUAUGAAUGUUAAAGGGAACUGGAGAAUACUGAAUGGAUGUCAGGUGAUGUAUGUUUGAAAUAGGUGAAUUAGUUAAUUGAAGAUGGAGAAGUACACAGAAAACAAGACAGAAGGUUGUGAAUGUUUAGAGGAAAUGCUGUGAUGUAGCUCGGUAAGAGAUGUCAGAAUUUACCAAACUAGAUGCCAACUGGCUGACACGAUGUGUUUAAGAAUACACUUGUUUCAUAUGUCAUUAUGUGUCUCAUAUGGGCCACAUCACAGCUUGUGUUGGAAAGAAAAUGAAAUUAAGCAGGU